AUGGAGAGGAUAGGGUGGGGGGGUGAUGGGAUGGAGGGAGUUAGGGUGGUGAUGGAGGGGGUUGAUUUGGGUUGUUGGGGUAGGGUUGUUUGUUGUGGUGUUUUUGGGGUUUGGGUUUGGGGGGGUGGGUUUGUGUUGGUGUUUGUUGGUUGUUGUUGGUGUGUGGUGUGGUGUUGGUGGGUGGGUGGUGUUGUGGGGUUUGGUGUUGUGGGGGGUUUGGGGUUGUGUUGUGUGUUGUGGGUUGUGUUGUGUUGGUGGGGGUUGUGGUUAGGGUGGGUUGUGGGGGGUGGGGGGGGGUUGGUGGUGGGGGUUGUUAUGGUGGGUUUGGGUUUUGGGAGUUUGUGGAUUUGGGUUUAUUGGUUUGGUGUGUAUUGUUGUGGGUAUGUUUGGUAUGGUUUUGGUUGA